UGCAUUUAUGGUUGACAAUAUCCUGAACGACAAGGAUGCCACAAAUGUGGAGGCCAUCCUAUCGGACGACAGUGAAAGUGAAAGUAAUUCGGAUUUAAAAGAUUCGAUCUGCGAUUCGCCGCAUAAUGAGAUUUUAAGUAGAAAUUCGUCGGUUUCAUCACACGAGGAUAAUUUUAUGAAUAUGUCCUCGGACGAUCAUCAUCAUCAUCAUAGUUUCGUUGCGGGACGCAAUUCGUAUGAUAUGAUUCGUGUAGCGUCGUCGUCGGGACAUCAUAGUGAAGAAGAUGGCGAUCGCAUCGAAAUGUGUUGUAAUAUUUGUGGAAACUUCAAUCAAGUGAUUGUGGAUACGAAAAAUAUGUCCAAUCAUGAGCUGCUAAGACGUGAAAAUGAAUUCAAAUGUGAUAAGUGUUGUGGUCGGAGUUUGAGUGAAAUUCGAAUUUCAAAUGAGGACGACACAAAAGAGACCAUUCUGAAGGAUAGUAGUACGAAGCCGAUUCUGAAAUUUAGCGUUUCCGCAAUAUUGGGAGAUACCAGAGAAGGCGUUCGUGUUAGAAAUGAAUUUAUACAACCCCAACAUAUCUGGCCUUAUAUACAACAAAACUUUAUACAACACACACAAUUUCCACAUCCCGCGUUCCUUACCAAUAGCAAUAGUUGUCAGCCGCAAACCACAUCGUCACCUGGCAGCACAAUUAGUGAUAGCGACAAUCAUCCAAACAGUAACACCAACAACAGCAACAACAACAACAACAACAAUACCAACGGCAGCAGUCAUCUCCACAAUGACAGCAAUCAGAAUGGAGGGUGUUAUGGCGGUGGCGACGACAACCGAAGACAUCAGGGCGCCACUACGGAGAAGCAAGUGAUAGCGAAACCCAUGCCAAGUAGGCCGACACCAUUCCUGCCACAUGGCCUCAACCAUCCGCAUUUGCAUUCACUGCUGGCGCACUGCAGAAAUCCCUACAUGAAUGUAGGAGCUCAGGUCUUCCCUCUUCCGCCAGGACAAGGCUUUCCGUGGGCGCAUUCGACAAGAGGCAAGCCAAGGCGUGGUAUGAUGCGACGUGCAGUGUUUUCAGAUUCCCAAAGAAAAGGAUUAGAAAAGCGAUUCCAACAACAGAAGUACAUUAGCAAACCUGAUAGGAAAAAACUUGCCGAAAGACUAGGACUGAAAGACUCUCAGGUCAAAAUAUGGUUUCAAAAUCGCCGCAUGAAAUGGAGAAAUUCCAAAGAACGUGAACUCCUUGCCAAUGGAGGAUCCCGGGAUCAAACUCUGCCCAACAAAAAUAAUCCAAAUCCCGAUUUAUCUGAUGCCAAAUGUGAUCGAGCAUCUUCGGCUUCACCGCCUCCCAUGUCACCGGAAAAUCUUUCACCUGGUGGUAUCUCUCAACAACAACGACCACAUUCAAAUGCUGGUUCUUCAGAGGCGAUUCCAUCGCCACCCCCUCUAAAUAGUGUCGGUGUUGUUGGGAAAUUUCCACAAAAUCUGCAACUAUCUCCUCCGCCCUUAUCUAAGGUUCAGUCGUCAAUGAGUCAUGAUCAAUCACCGGCUGUUGUUGCUUCGGCUGCUGUUGCUGCAGUAGCAGUUUGUGAUUUUCAAGCGAAAUUCAAUGCUGAAAUGCAAAAACAUUUAUCAAUGGAUCGGAAAUUUAAAUUCGAACCCUCUGAUGUCCAGCAACAGCAACAGCAGCAGCAACAACAUCAGCAACAACAACAACAACAGAGACAAAGAAUGAUUAGUGAUUUAUAUGAAGGAGCUGCUGCAGCAGCAGCAGCUAAUCGUAAUACUGCAUUGGGUCUGAAUCAACAUUUUCAAAAUACGGAAUUUAUGAAAAUGUAUUAUGAUGAUUACGACUCGAAUUCAGACAGUGAUGAGGAAAUUAGUGUGACGUGACGGAAUUGAAUAAUUAUUAUGUAUUGAAAACGUUGAAUCACUUUGUAAAUACAAAAAAAAAAUUAGUUUAAGGAAAUUAUUAAUUUAAUUCAAAGAAAAAAAAAAUCAAGUUCACAGA